ACAGUGAUUUCCUCCGCGCCAGUCACAUGGCAGACAUGAUAAGAUAAUCGCGUUCGUUUGCCGUUAUUAUAUUGAUUUUAGCAAUAUUUUAAAAUAAUAAGUAUACUUAGAUAUUUAGGAAGAUUGUUUUCUAUUAAAUAUGGCUUUUGUCUUAAAUGCUUUGUUGUGAUACAGUGAUGUGAUUAGUAGAUCAUUAAAAAUAAUAAUAAAUAUAAGCAUGGACUUCAUAAUCGGCGGGCUGGCCGGCGCCGGCGCCACCAUCUUCACCAAUCCAAUGGACGUGGUGAAGACUCGGAUGCAGCUUCAGGGAGAGCUGAAGUCCAAAGCUGAACAGGCCACCCGCUAUAAAGGAGUGCUGCAUGCUCUCUACGUCAUUGCCAAGGCUGACGGCGCCAUGGCGUUGCAGAAAGGGCUCGUGCCAGCAUUGGUCUUAGGAUUCAGUAUGAACUCUGUUAGGUUAGGCACAUAUCAUAUAGCAGAAGUCCAAGGCUGGACUAAAACCAAGGACGGUGACGUCAGCUUCCAGAAGGCUGUAUUAUGGUCAAGCGUGAGCGGCAUCCUGAGCGGUCUCACUGGGAACCCAGCAUCGGUCGUGAAGACCAGAAUACAGUCUGCCUCGCACCCGAGCAUAGCCGUUGGGAGACAGCAUAGGUAUAAAGGGUUAUGGGACGGGUGCCGCCAGAUUUACAAGGUUGAAGGUUUGCGUGGAUUCUUCGCCGGCGUAGAGGCGACCUGCGCCAGACUGGCCGUCGGCAGCGCUGCGCAGCUCACCACUUUCUCUUUAGUGAAAGAGAGUCUGCUAGCUCAUGGGUAUUUCGUGGAGUCUCCAGUAGUGUUGUCAUUCAUGUGCAGUCUCGUCAGCGGAGCCCUAACCGUGGUUGUCGAAACCCCACUGGAUGUAGUCAAUACACGGCUUUACAACCAGGGUCCUGCGUCAGGCGGGCUCCUGUACACCGGCGUCAUCGACUGCCUCACCAAGAUCUACCGGACUGAAGGCCUCCAUGGCCUCUACAAGGGCCUAGGCCCCUUGUACCUCAGGAUAGCGCCCCACACAACGCUAUCUCUCGUCAUUUGGGACCUCCUCAAUGACAUAGUGACCGAUAGGAGAAAUAAAACUAGAUAAGUCUAAACAAUAGUUUU